AUGGAUGAAAACAGCAGGAUGAAGGUAGAAUCUUUUGAAAGGUUGGAUGAGGAGAGAAGAAGUGUUGAGGAAUACUUUCCGGCAGAAAAUAUCUCGAACUUGGAAGUGAACAGGAUUAUGGAGACUAUCGACAUGGUAAAAAGAGAAGCGGCCAAAGAUUCAGAAACUCUUUCCAAGGCUAUUCACGAAGCUACUGAAUGUUUAGAUCUACUCCAGGGACUUUUAAGGUGGGGUGCGCAAUCACUAGAAGAAGGAUCAGACCUUAUGAGGAAUAUACUUAUUUGGCUUAGAAUCCGAAGGUCUCGUUUUAGCAUUGCCACUGUUGAGAUUUUAGAAGGGUUUUUGAAGCUAGGCUCUAACCAAAUUGAUGAAGACUUGAGCCAAGAGGAAGAAGAAUAUCUUGUUAGAAUACUUGAGGAAAUCAGAGAAUACAUAGAAGAGAAUAUAUUGGGAUGCAAUAGAGAUUCCAUCCGUAUGUUUCUCUUCCGAAUCUUUCUUAAGUCAAGCAAGGCUGGAGACACCACGAAAGUGUUUGCCUUUGAGUUAUAUUCCCGAGUUGCCAUACCUGCCCAGCACGAGGAGUUUGGGGUCAUUAUUCAUGAAAUAGACAGCUUAGACCUAUUUAGUAUUGGAGAAAUGAAUUUCAGAGACUACACUAUUCUGAAGAUAUACAGAAAUGUAGUGUUCCGAGAGUCGAAGAUAAUUGAAGAGAGCCAUGACCGUUUGGUCAAUAUUCUGUUCGAAAAGCUCCUUUCUUAUCUUCCUAGCCGUAGCUCCGAGCGCGCCUUUUCACUAAUUAGCUAUUCUUCUUCUUGUUCUCAGAUCCUAUGUGUAUCUCUAUCACUCUGCUACUUGAAAGAGCUGAGUGAAAACAGAAAGAGCCUUGACUCCAAACUUCUGAUUCUUUUUAUUGAAAACAUGGUGAGGAUUGGGAGGAAAAAAGAGUAUGGGGAGGAGGAAAUUGCAUAUUUCAAAUGUAAGUUUGGAAGCCUUGAGCCUCGGGUGGCUGUGCUCAGAGUUAUAAAGUCCUUUGUGAUUUUACUACUACGGAUAAUAGAUCAAAAAGAACAUAAAUCCCGAAUAAAAGCAGCCAAGGUUCUUUGUGGAAUUCAGCUCCAUGGAAUGGCAAUUGGAAGAAAAAUGUUUCUGAAAAUCUUGAGGAUUGCAAGAAAGUACAUGGAAGACAGACGGGUUACCAUUAUGAAGGGAGUGAUAAACAUUAUUGGCCAGUUUGAUCUGGCUGCUUUGGCUAAGGAAAUGCAAAGAAUACACUCUAUCUUGGCAAAGAAGGAAAUGUUUGAUAAAGUUAAAGAUUCCUUUCAAACUGAAACAUGCUAUAGAGCAUACAUAGACCUGCUUAGCAACAAAGAUACAAGGGAUAUUGAAUACCGAAUUGAAGACAUCAAGCUACUUGCAAGGAUCUUUUACUCUUAUGAGAAUAAGAGUGUUUGUAAGUUCAUGAGAAUUACCGUGUUUUCUAUUGAGGAUGUGUUUGUUGCGGAAUUUGCUGCUUUGUACUCUGAGUUUCAUCCGAACAGUAUUGAUGAGGUUUAUGCAGCUUCAAUCCUCUUGGACUCCAGAGAAGAAAUAACAAGAGGCAAAAAUGUCUUGUUCUAUAACAAUGUCUUGAGGAUACUUAUGAAUCUAAGAUCAAGAUUUUCUUCGGAGUUAAGGAGAAGGCUGGUAGUAUUUCUUCGAAAACUUGUUUUCUAUAGUCCAUACACAAGGAAUGCUGGAAUGCUUAUAAACCUCUUAGGAUAUGGGGGGAUUGAAUUUCCUAGAAGAACCGACUACUUUGUAGCAAUACUUGGUUCUUGUGGGAGUCCAUACAUGAGAGACUACUUCCCUGGAUAUUCAUGGUCUCCAAACAAAGAGCUUGGACUUGUAUACAACCUUCGGUUCGACCCGGCAUUUGGAACAGCAUAUAAGUGGAAGCUGGAAGAGAUUUUAUCUAGAAUGAAUUGCAGCCUUGAUGGAAAGGAGGCAUUGGUGUGUGCUGAGCUUCUCUUAUUCCUGAGCGAGACGAUCGAACUUAAUGAAGGAGCCAAAUCCUAUACUCUUGCCUUUGAACUGGUGGCAAACAACAGCAACUUUAUAGUCUGGGGAGCUAAGUCAAAUUGUAUAAGUGUAUCUAAGGAAGCCAAUGUUUUACUAAAGAAAGCGACAAAGGCAGGAGCCAUUCUCCCCCACAUUUCUAUUCCAAUAGUGUUUUCCUACUAUCUUGUUUCUCCAGAGAUGGUCUACACAUACUUCGAAACGACUUUAAGUGUUAUUCGAGAGGCAAUUGAGAACAAAAGAUUGAUGUUUAAGGAAAAAGGUCAAAUUCUUGAGUUCCAAAUGGUAUAUGAUAUUUAUGUCCAUUCUAAGCACAAGUCCAGGCUUGUAGACAAAUUACUGGAGGUAUUUGAUGAAUGCCCCAUCAAAACAUAUUAUCUCAUGAGCCAGGCAGUAAAAUUUGAAAAAAAGGAUCGUUUUAAAAUCAUGAAAUGUGUAGAUGGUAUGGUUCACUCCUAUGACCCAGACAAAAGCAGAGUGCUUCUAAAGCUGCACUCCCUAUUUUCCGAAGUUUUUAUUUCAAGUAGGUCAAAAAAGGAAAUGAGGAUCUCUAACGAGAAUGUUCUCUUUGAAGAGAAUGCAUCACUGGAUGACAUAGAUAAUCUGAGGCUGCUUAGAGUUAAAUAA